UAUUGUCGACAAGUAAAAAAUCGGCCAUUACUUAAAAAUUAUCAUUACUAGCAUAGCAAACAACGACAAAAUGCACAAUGUAAAUAACGAACAUAGAGACAAAGUUCACCCAAAAGAAAGAGCAAAUAUUCUGUCUCGUUUAUUUUUUUUUUGGCAAUUACCAAUACUGUUUGAAGGAUAUCGCAAGCAAUUCACAGAAAGUGACCUCCACAACCCUUUAAAAGAGCAUCAGUCUAAGCUUUUAGGAGAUAAAUUAGAAAAAGUAUGGUUAGAAGAAGUUCAUGCUUCGGGUAUCGAUGCGUCACUUUGGAAAGUUUUGGCCAAAGUGUUUGGUUUGGAGUUUGUUCUAUAUGGUUUGUGUCUCAUACCUGUAGAAGUGAUUUUUAGAAUGUCUGAGCCUUUCAUGACCUGGAAACUGGUCCACUAUUACACAACUGAACAUGAUAAUGCAUCUAAAAAUGAAGUUUACAUUUAUGCUUCCUGUAUGAUAGUAAUGCUGUGCCUGAAAUUUAUUGGUUUACAAAACUUUUGGUUUGGAAUGGAACACUUAGGAGCUAAAAUACGUGUGGCGUGCAGUGCUUUAAUUUAUCGAAAAUGUCUUUGUCUAAGUGAAGAAACUUUAAGUGAACUUACGGCCGGUCAAAUAAUUAAUCUGGUAGCUACCGAUGUAACCAAAUUUAACAACGGUUUUAUCAGAUAUGUGCAUUAUUUAUGGCUGGUGCCUAUUUUAGCAGCAAUGAUAAUAUAUUCACUGUAUUCGAUUUUAGGUGGUACUGCUAUUAUCGGUGCAGCAGUUCUUCUCGCUUUCAUUCCUGCCCAAAUAAUGUUAUCGAAAGUGAUAUCCAAAUGUCGUCUAAAAAUGGCAGGCAAAACAGAUCAAAGAAUUAGACUGAUACAUGAAAUCAUACAAGGAAUAAAAGUAAUUAAAAUGAUGUGUUGGGAGGAAGCUUUUAUUAAGCUAACAGAAGACUACAGAGAAGCAGAAAUGCAGCAGCUCAAAUCAAGUUUACGACCUGUAGCUAUAAACACUUCCGCUAUACUUUCCUUCAGUAGGACUGCCAUUUUUUUAAGUAUACUUGCUUACAUCCUCAGUGGACAUUCCUUGCAUGCUGAAUACAUUUACCUAUUGACUGCCUUCUACGAGAUUAUUAAAAUCAUAGCAGGAAUAUUUGGCCCUUGGGCGUUAACUUUCGUGGGCGAAAUUAUUUCUUCCGUUAAAAGGAUUGAAGCUUUUUUGAAAAGCGCAGAAAAUAACUGUGAUAAAACAAAUGGAGUUUAUGAUGGCAUUACAUUAACUCAUGUCACUUCCACGCAAAAAAUUUUAAGCGAUGUAUCACUGAGAAUUAAAGCGAAUCAAAUGACUGCAAUAAUCGGUCCUGUUGGUUCUGGUAAAAGUACUAUACUAAAGGUUAUAUUGAACGAAAUUCCCCAUCUACAAGGAUCAGUUCAAAUUGGUGCUACCAUCAGCUACGCCGCUCAAGAACCGUGGAUUUUUGACGGUACUGUUAGAGAGAAUAUUUUGUUUGGAGAACUUUAUCACGGAGCAAAAUAUGACGAAGUAAUAAAAGUCUGCGCUUUGGAACGUGAUUUUGCUUUGUUUCCAUAUGGAGAUUCCACACUUGUAGGAAGUAGAGGAACUACGUUAAGUGGCGGUCAAAAAUCUAGAAUAAACUUAGCGAGAGCUGUCUAUAAAGAUACAGAAUUCUAUUUGCUAGACGAUCCUUUGUCUUCUGUAGAUGCACAAGUGGGAGAAUUUAUUUUCAGCAACUGCUUUCAAAAACUUUUGAAAAAUAAAACAAUAGUGCUAGUUACACACCAGUUGCAAUAUUUAAAUAAAGUCGAUUUUAUUUACGCCAUUGAAAAGGGGAUUAACGUAGAAAGUGGUACUUUCGAAGACCUUAAAAGUAGUCACUACUUUAAAUCGAUCCAGAUGAAGAAAAAUGUAGAGCAAACGGAAAAAGAAAACUACAGAAUGGAAGAACGGAAAGAAAGCAAUCACACAAACGAAAUUUCUGAAAAAACGGAAAACGUAAAGACUGAAGUUGUUUCAAGUCAAGUAUACAAAAAUUAUUUAAAAGCCAGUGGUGGGAAGAUCGUUGUUGCAGCUUUGCUUGCGCAAAUGUUGGCACAAUUCAUUGCGAGUGGCAAUGAAUAUUUGCUCACAGUGUGGUCAAACUUUCAACAAAGGAAUAAGAAUGGAGAUUUUUUUUUAUAUUUUUAUACAGGUCUAGCGGUGACACUUAUUCCAGUUUCUUUGGCCGCUACAAUUUCAGUUAUUAAAUGCUGUACCAAUGCAAGCAAAAAUCUGCAUCAGAAACUUUUAUAUAAUGUAGUGCAUGCAUCAAUUAAUGUUUUUAACAAUAGCACAUCCGGUCGAAUUUUGAACCGAUUUUCUUCAGAUAUUGGCCAGAUUGAUAGAAAUCUACCUAUAAACAUGGUUAAUAUAGUUUUAAUUACCUCACAGUUUUUUGCAAUAGUUGUUUUAAUUUCUAUAAUCAACUACUGGAUUUUAAUACCAACUGUAGUCAUAAUGACUGUCUUUUUUUACGCUCGUAAAAUAUAUCUAGCUACCAGUCGUGUUCUGAAGCGUGUAGAAGCUAAUUCUAGAAGUCCGGUUUAUUCACACUUGACUACUACUAUUCAAGGAUUAGCAACCAUUCGAGUUCUUCAAGCUGUAGAAGAUCAAAAACGGAUCUUUGAAAGUCACCUAGACAAACAUACAGCAGCUUAUUAUAUGUUUUUGGCAUGCGAUUCUGCGUUCGGGUUUUGGUUAGAUUUUUCUUCUUACUGUUACUUUGUUACUUUGAUUUUGAGUUUGGUGUUUUCACAGUCUGAAAUCUAUGGUGGUAACGUCGGAUUAGCUCUAACUUCUUCAAUACUGUUUGUUGGCAUGCUCCAGUACGGUAUGAAAGAGUAUGCCGAAUUAGAAAAUCAAAUGGUUGCAGUAGAACGGAUUUUGGAAUAUAUUGACCUUGAUAAUGAACGUGGCGAUGGAGCGAAUCUUACAAGCAAAUGGCCUACAAACGGCCAAAUUGAUUUUAGCACCGUUUCUCUUCGAUAUAAUCCGAAUGUGCCUUCAGUUCUUAAACAAAUAACGUUCACAAUAAACUCCAACGACAAAAUUGGUAUUGUUGGUAGAACAGGUGCUGGAAAGUCUUCGCUUAUUUCUGUUCUCUUCCGACUCUUUGACUUUGAAGGAGAUAUUUCCAUUGAUGGCAUCAACACCAAAACCAUUCCACUGCACACACUAAGAUCUAAAAUUUCCAUUAUCCCUCAGGAACCUGUUCUUUUCUCUUGUAGUGUCAGAAAAAAUUUGGAUCCUUAUGACGAGUAUCAAGAUUCUCAUUUAUGGAACGCUUUAGAGGAUGUAAAAAUCAGAGAAAUGAUUGCUUCUUUGCCUGCAGGACUAUCUACUAAGUUAACAGAAGGGGGUCAGAAUUUGAGUGUUGGAGAAAGACAGUUGUUGUGCUUAGCUAGAGCUAUUGUAAAAAUGAAUAAAAUCAUUAUCCUGGAUGAAGCUACCGCAAAUGUGGAUUUAGAGACUGAAGACUUGAUAAAAAAUGCCAUUAGCAAAAAAUUUAAGAUGUGUACGGUGAUGACAAUAGCCCAUAGAAUACACACUGUGAUGGAUUGUGAUAAAGUGUUGGUUAUGGGUGAUGGACGUGUUUUAGAAUAUGAUUCACCUUCCAAACUUUUGCAAGAUACUAAAGGAGCAUUUUAUGGAUUAGUGCAUUUGAAAAAUAAUGAUGGUACGUACACAAUUUUAAAGGGGGUAUUACAAGAACAUUUACCUUCAAAAUUUAAAACAGCACUUAUAGUACUAGUACUGGUUUAAGU